AUGGACACAAAGGAUCUUUGCAAUGAAAAUGCAGACACCAAAACCGAUAUGACCAAGGAAACUUUAUCUGCUGUAGAAUCCGGCACCACAGACGCCCUUGAUCCAGCAGAAGAGAAGAGGUUGAUCAGGAAAAUCGAUCUACACCUCAUGCCGAUCUUGAUAACCGCUUACGGAUUUCAAUACCUUGAUAAAACCAGUCUUGCAUACAGUGCAAUUCUCGGAGUUCGAGAAGACCUUAGUCUUGUUGGCCAACAGUAUAGUUGGACUUCGAGCAUUUUUUACAUUGGCUAUCUCGUUGCAUCCUACCCAAUAUCGCUCGGCUUCAUCCGAUUCCCACUGGGUAAAUAUCUCAGCGUUUUAAUAUUCCUCUGGGGUGUUGUUCUGACGCUCCACGCCGUGACAAAUAACUAUGCCAGCCUCAUGGCACUUCGUACCCUUCUCGGUGUUUUCGAGAGUGCUAUCAGCCCUGGAUUCUCUCUUAUCACUGGAAUGUGGUACACUCCUAGAGAGCAUGUCUCACGACACUCUAUCUGGUUUGCAGGGAAUGCGAUCGCCAGUAUUAUUGGCUCUCUCAUUGCCUAUGGCCUUCUGAAUUACGAAGGAAGUAUAUCACAAUGGAAGCUUCUCUUUCUACUGUUCGGUCUUAUUACGGUCGCAUGGUCGGUCGUGACAUUUUUCUAUUUGCCUGACUCUCCACAAACGGCCAGGUUUCUCUCGGCCUCUGAACGUGAGUUCGCUGCGCUACGUCCGUAUAAGUUCCAAAGGACUACGCAGACCAAAUCGUGGAAUCGCGCACAAUUCAUCGAGAGUCUGACAGACAUCAAGUCAUGGUGGUUCUUCUUCUUCUCGUUCGUCAUUUGCGUGCCAAAUGGAGGCACCACCAGCUUCAGUACUCUCAUCAUCAAUGGCUUUGGCUACGAUAAAUUUCAGACAAUUCUCAUGGGCCUCCCAGCCUCUGGUUUCCAACUGGUCACAGUCAUUCUAUCGGCCGUCCUCACUUCGGUAAUUCGAAAGUCACGUCUGAUUAUGCUCGUCUCCAUCUUCCUUCUAGCAAUGACUGGAAUUCUCAUGGUGAAGCUCUUACCUACCGAUGAGAAGAUUUCCCGACUCGCUGGUUUCUGGCUUGUAACCGCGGUUGCUCCGGCAUUUCCAUUGAUGCUGUCACUCGCAGCCAGUAAUAUUGCAGGCUUCACCAAGAAAUCGACCGUUAUGGCCUUGAUUUUCUUGGGCUACUGUGCCGGCAAUUUGAGUGGACCGCAAUUCUUCAUCUCAACGGAAGCACCCAACUAUCAUACGGCUUAUACUACGAUUUUGGUUUGCUAUGCAAUUACAAUCGGUCUCAUAGUCGGCUUCAGGUUCUAUCUUAUGUGGGAGAACGCUCGCCGGGAUCGGGAGCAGGGCGUCAAGAUUGACCCCGAGGAAGUUCGGCAAAUCAACCUAAGUUCAGAUGAGGAUUUACUCCAUGUGGAUGAGACAGACAUUCAGAACAGGAGCUUUAGAUACAUUCUAUAA